ACCCCCCAAAACUCAAUAAUGGUACCCUCAAGGGACAGGGAAUAAUAAUAAUUCCUCACCCCCUCUCCCUCUUAAAUGGACCUGACGUUCGAACACUGCUUCUGAUCAUCAAAUAUUCCUUGGCACAAUCAAACUGUCGCUGCAGAUCCCCUGAUCUUCACUCGAAUCAUCCUAGCAAGCCCGCGUGGUUAACAUCCAUGGCAUCUUCUAGCUACUCCAACCCGCCAUGCGCAGCCUGCAAGUUCCUCCGGAGGAAAUGCACUCCGGACUGUAUAUUUGCUCCCUAUUUCCCUCCUGAGGAGCCCCAGAAGUUCAUCAAUGUGCACAAGAUAUUCGGAGCAAGCAAUGUGAGCAAGCUUCUCAACGAAGUCCAUCCCCAUCAGAGGGAGGACACAGUGAACUCCCUCGCCUACGAGGCAGAGGCCAGGGUCAAGGACCCGGUCUAUGGAUGUGUAGGGGCCAUCUCGGUGCUUCAGAGACAGGUCAUGAGCCUCCAGAAGGAACUGGAUUCCACGAAUGCGGAUCUGAUCCGCUAUGCCUGCGGAGAGAUGAUGCCGAAUAAUAUCCAGCUUCACGGAACUUCAAGGCAAAUGCAUGGUGAUGGAGGAGGAGGGUCCUUUGGUCAUUCAGGGUCGUAUUUUCCGAAUGGAGAUGACCAUAAUCAAGAAGGAUAAGAAGAACAUUAUGCACUGCACUAUCAAAUGAAGAAUACUAUUGAUACGCGUGUAUGUGUUUACAUGUGUUUGUGAGUGUACGUCGACAAUAUACUCGUGUUGUGAAAAGCUUAAGAAAAUCAGAUGCAUUUUAGGGUUUCUGGGAUUCUCAGUGUGUUUUGAUCAUGAAGACACAGCAUGCCCAUUUAUAUAUAUGUUUGAGUAUAUAUAUUUGAUGUUUAUAUACAUUGGUGUAUGCUGGCUGAUUGCUUUUUAAUGGUUUUACUGAUUGGUUUUAUAUAUAUUUGAGGCUUUUUUUUAUUACAAAGAGGGACAUGCGUCGUACGAUGUUUGUUUUUUUUCGUUUUUUGAUUGAAUAUUUAUUUGAGUUUAUAUAUGAUGUUUAUGUAUAAAUUUUGAGAUUCGUUUCCUGUUGGUUUGGAUUUCCAUCAAGCCUUCCAGUGAGUUCUUCCUUCUCUGAUGUGCCCUGGUGUGAACAAUAUAUAUGUGCAACGUCAUAUAUCGGAUUUAGUUCAGUUAUAGUAUGUAAUUUGCAUUUU